AUGGGUCGUAAAAACGCUCGCUCUAUCCUUACUUCUAAAAUGGCUCGAAGAGAGGGCGGAAAAUUCUGCGCCAAGUCUCAAAUUAUUACUAUUGAUACAGAAAAGGAAGCUGGAGAAAAGGAACCUGUUGAAGAUCAACCUGUAGAAGAGUACGACUGGGAGCUCUUGGAUUUAGAUACGGAUACGAUGAUUGCUGCGUACUAUAAUAGCUUUCUGACAUGGAGACCAGACGCAGGAAAAAAUUUGCGUGGACUCUACAGAGGAGACUCGAGAUCAUCGAUUAUGCGCAACAAGAGAAAAAUGAAAGAAGAGCUUGAGGCAAAUAAAGACAAGAAGGUCAGAACGUUUGCUGAUUUCGGUUUCUCGGUUCCUGUUGCACCAGUUUCGCCUGUAACAGAAGCAUUAACUGUAUACAAGCAAUCGAAAGAUGAGGAACUUGAAGAGAUUCUUGAAGCUUAUGAGAAAAUCUCUGAGAUGAUAAAGCCUCCAGUCAGUUCAGAUAGCGAGUUGGGCAAGUUUGCUUUGUUUGAAGUAAGCAAACACAUUGCUGUGAAAGAGUAUUUCCGACGCCUCUUGAACAAUUGCAAGAAAAUCGAGGCAUCUGAAAAAGCAGCAGAGAUUUUUUGGACAACACCUUCCAAGUACCGUGGAGAGGCUGUCCGCGGUUGGGCCAAAGAAUUUCUUCAGUUUGGCAAAAUUUCUGAACAUCAACAGGGCAAGCAUGCCAAGCGGUCUUCAAUUGUAGACGAUGAAGACCUUAAAAAGAAAGCAAUCGUUUGGCUUCGUGCUCAAAAAGCAGAAAGACGAACUGUUGUGGAUUUGAAAAAGUAUCUCGAUGAAAUGCUUUUUCCAUCAUGCCUUGGUGUAAAAGGCAACGUGGCUAUAAGCACAGCAUGGAAAUGCAUGAGAGCUUGGGGGUACGUCCACCGCAAGAACAACCAGGAAGUAUAUUACGAUGGACACGAAAGACAAGACGUUGUUCAGUAUCGCCAUGCUUGGGCAACGCGAAUGAUGGGAUACAAACAAUGUAUGUCAGACUUUACUGGGGAAGAUGAAGAAAUUGAGGUGACCCCUCUUCUUUUGGAGAACCAGAAGAAGCUGGUUAUGGUGACCCAUGACGAGUCCACCUUUUAUGCCCAUGAUGGAAAGGUGGACAUGUGGCUUGAGGAAGGUGAAAGCCACAUCCGCAAAAAAGGUCAGGGAAGAUCUCUGAUGGUCAGCGAGUUCCAGUGUGCUUGUCAUGGCACUAUGCGAGUGAAGGGAUGGGUCUCCCGCAGAAUAUUUAACGUUGGGGCAGCAUAUGACGGUUACUGGACAAGCGAAGACAUGCUUGACCAGCUGAAGAACCAUGCUAUCCCUCUGUUCGAAAGCUUGCACGAGGGGUGCACCGGUGUCUUUAUUUUCGACCAAAGCAGCAACCACAAAGCAUAUGCCACAGAUGCCUUGGUUGCCACCCGCAUGGUUCUAAAUCCAAAGGUCGUUUCUGAAAAUGACAAGUUCAUUUUCAAAGAUACAACGUUUUUGAGGGAUGGACGUAUCAUCCCUCAAUCGUUUUAUGAGACAGUCUUUGAAGCUGGAAGGAAAGGAAAGGGGCCGGUGGAGAAGAGACAGUUUGUUGGCGUCCAGCGGAUCCUUCAGGAGCGUGGACUGUGGAUGGAACUGGAUCCAUCCAAUCUUUCUAGAAGAUGGAGAAUGGACUGCAAUGGAGAAGAAGCAGAGAACCACUGUUGUUGUGCCCGCCACCUCUUGGCCUCUCAGCCCGACUUUUCUGGAAAGAAGACAGCUAUUCAAGAGGUGGUGGAAGAGGCGGGUCACAUAUUUGAGCUGUACCCCAAGUUCCAUUGUGAAUGCAAUUGGAUCGAGCGUUACUGGGGUGCAGCCAAACGUGUGGCUCGCCUAAACUGCGAUUAUUCUUUCAAGUCGUUAGAAAAGAAUCUCCCGUCUUUCUUGGACAGUGCCUCUCCUGUGGCUGGUUCUCCUUCAAUGAUCAGGAGAUUUUAUAAAAAGACUUGGAGAUAUAUUGAAGCUUACAGCAAGUUUUUGGAUGCUAAGGAUGCUGAUGCUGAGGUGAAGAAAUUCACCUCAAGAAUCAGUAAAUCUCACCGCAGCAUUGGCAUCCAUGAUUAA